AUGACAGGCAGGUCACGACACCACCGAAUCGGGUUUAGCCGGGCUUGGCAAGCCGAACACCCGCAGGGCUCGGUUUGUUCCUCCUUCCUCCUCCAUCAGCUUUCUUUGGUUCACUUGCGCCGCGAAUCAAUCCUAGACAAGAUGAGCUACAUUGCCCGCCGAGGUCUCUCGACCUUGAUCCCCCCCAAGGUCGCCUCCCCUAACGCUAUCGGUGCCGCCCAGGAUGCCGCCCGCAUGGAGCGUGUUGUGACCUUCUACGCUGGCCUUCCCCGUGGCCCCGCCGCUGAUGUUAAGCCUACCGGCCUCAUCCGUCGCUACCAGGCCCGCUACUUCAACGGAAAGAACGCCUCCGGUCUUCCCUUUGUCCACGCUAUUGCCGGUAUCUUGAUCAUGGGUUACGGCAUGGAAUACUACUUCCACCUGCGUCACCACAAGAACCACCCCCACUGA